AUGGGGAAAGACGAGUGCAAAACCAUGUUGGACGCACUGAACAAAGUGACCGCAUGUUACAGACACUUGGUUAUUGCUCUUGGUAGCACUUCGGACUCGCAGAAUCUACGAGAAGAGCUGAAAAAGACCCGCAAAAAGGCGCAAGAGUUGGCUGUGGCCAACAGGACUAAAUUAACAGCUCUGUUAAAAGACAAAACCAUCAGCAAGGACGAUCGUGCAGAAUAUGAACGCUUAUGGGUCCUGUUCUCCAGCAGUAUGGAAAUACUGGAGGUAGACAUGAGAAGGUCGCUGGAGAUUGGUCAAGAUUUUCCUCUGAAAGUACCAACAAGACACCUUAUCCAAACUGGGAUGACCGGCAGCACCACCACCGUGGCCGCCCGUGCCAUGAGCGUACAGAAUAUGAAGUACGAGGCGGAUGCCAGCAUUGAUACAGCGGAUCUGAAAGACUUGGAGACCGAAAUCGCUCAGGUCGACCAGAUGAUGGAGGAGAUGGAGAUGAAGGUCCAGGUGGCGCCUUGGGCAGUCGAGGCCAAACAGGAGGCGGGUGCUGAAUUGAAGAGUACUGUCAGUGUAGGAAAUUCCUCGGUCGGGGUGAUUUCCAUUUGUGAGGAGGAACCUAAAGAGGCCGCAGAAGGCGAGGGUGACGUAAUGAGAGUUUUCGCAGGGGUAAUUUUUACGGCUGUUUUACUGAUUGCUGGAAUUUUGGGAUACCUCGUAAUCAACCUCUCUUGA